UUUUCCAUUUUUCAUCGUUGCGGUUCGGCUUCGUUCGUUCGCAGGAGGUGUAGAGAUUGCACGCGUCGCUUCUUCGGCUCUUUCGUGGCUGUUCGACUACGCUCUUUCGACGGCUUUCCCUUCCUGUCGGAUCGGAAGUUACGACAUUUUGAUCGGAAGCAAGGGAACUCGCUGGCUGUGAAGGAGGUGUAAGAUUGCACGAGUGGCUUAUCCGGGAUUUACGGCAGAAAGAGGGAAACGGAGGAUUUAUUCCGCUGUGAGAUUUAUUAAUUCGAGCGUUAUUGGCAUAGACCAGAAUCGACAUUUUACCAGAAUCACCAAAAAUGUCUCGCAAGGGAUUAAUGGAGCAAGACUUGUCUAAGCUUGAUGUGACAAAAUUGAAUCCAUUAUCACCAGAAGUCAUUUCAAGACAAGCUACUAUAAAUAUAGGUACUAUUGGUCAUGUGGCCCAUGGGAAGUCAACUGUUGUUAAAGCUAUAUCUGGUGUUCAGACUGUUCGAUUUAAAAAUGAACUGGAGCGGAACAUCACCAUCAAACUAGGAUAUGCAAAUGCAAAGAUCUACAAAUGUGAAGAUGAAAAAUGCCCAAGACCAAUGUGCUACAAAGCAUAUGGAAGCGGGAAAGAAGACAGCCCUCUUUGUGAUGUUCCUGGUUUUGAGAACGCUAGGAUGAAGCUUUUACGACAUGUAUCUUUUGUCGAUUGCCCUGGCCAUGAUAUUCUUAUGGCUACAAUGCUUAAUGGAGCUGCAAUCAUGGACGGGGCAUUGCUUUUAAUAGCUGGCAAUGAAAGCUGCCCUCAGCCUCAAACUUCUGAACAUCUGGCAGCUGUUGAAAUUAUGCGGUUACAGCACAUUAUUAUCCUACAAAAUAAGAUUGACCUAAUUCAAGAAAGUGUGGCACUUAAUCAACAUGAGGCCAUCCAGAAAUUUAUCCAGGGCACAAUUGCUGACGGGGCGCCUGUUGUGCCUAUCUCUGCUCAGUUGAGGUAUAAUAUAGAUGUUGUUUGUGAGUACCUUAUCAACAAAAUCCCCAUUCCAGUGAGAAAUUUUACCUCACCGCCAAACAUGAUUGUCAUUCGCUCUUUUGAUGUGAAUAAGCCUGGUUCAGAAGUUGAUGAGAUAAAAGGCGGUGUUGCUGGUGGAAGCAUUCUUUGGGGAGUUCUAAAGGUGAAUCAGUUUAUUGAGGUUCGUCCUGGCAUUGUCAUGAAAGAUGAAAAUGGAAAUAUCAAAUGCACACCAAUAUUUUCUAGGAUUGUAUCGUUGUUUGCCGAGCAAAAUGAGCUCCAGUUUGCCGUCCCUGGCGGACUUAUCGGUGUCGGCACCACCAUGGAUCCUACACUGACCCGCGCAGACAGGCUUGUUGGCCAGGUUCUUGGUGAGGUGAAUUCGCUGCCUGAUGUCUUUGUGGAGCUUGAGGUCAACUUCUUCCUGCUGCGAAGGUUACUAGGCGUCAGGACCAAGGGUGCCGAGAAGCAAGGCAAAGUCGCGAAACUGACGAAAGCCGAGAUGCUCAUGCUUAACAUCGGAUCCAUGUCGACCGGAGCUCGAGUCAUCGCCGUCAAAAACGAUCUAGCCAAGCUCCAGCUCACAGCUCCCGUGUGCACAAGCAAAGGCGAGAAGGUGGCCCUCAGUCGCCGCGUCGAGAAGCACUGGCGCCUCAUCGGCUGGGGCCAGAUCCAAGCCGGCGCCACCCUGCAAGUCCCUGAUGCCCCCAAAAAUCUGUUUUCUUAGUGUUCAAUCUUUGCUUAAGGAAGCCAUGUGGGUGGGCAGGAAGCUACUUGGAACAAUUUUUCUCAGGUGGAGAAGAAAACCAAAGCUUUCUGUUCUUUGUUUAGUAGUUUGUUCAGAUUUUGCAUUACAUGAUUAUGCUAUUUGAGCUUUAAGCUGAAACAUUCUAUUUAUUGAAUGCAUUUUCUUGUGUCAUAUUUAAA